AUUGUGAACCUACAUUGAGACUCUCCGAAUUCCAAAAUCAUAUGACGAGUUUCAACUCUUCUAGAAGAAUAAGUAUUCACAAUACAGUUAACAGUCAAAUCAAAGAAGAAAUCAUUUCAGCAUAACUAUUAUUUACUAACUUAUCAGUUGAUAUAAAUGAAAUAUAAUCUAUACUUUACUCAAUUAAUUUUUAUUUUACAGACUAUAAUUAUUCUUUUCAACAAAAUUUAUAUCAUAUUUGGCAAUGAAUCAAAAUCAAUGAUGUCUGGUUUAUUUAAGACUAAUAAUGAAGUUAUUAAUAACAUAAGUUUAUCAUCAUCAUCGCCACAGUAUCCCAGAUCUGAUUAUGCAAAAAUGCCUUCUAAUGAUAAUUUUAUAAAUUUUCGUCAAUCUAAACAAUCAUUGAAGAUGAAUACUAUGAAUAAUAAAUUAACCAAUUGUCAACUGCAGUUGGAAUGUUCUACUGAAAUGGAAAAUAUUGAUAAUAAACAAAUGUCAAUAAUGAAUUUUUCAACUACUCAUAUUACUGGUCGUAUACGUAUACCUGUCCGUAGUGGACGAGGACCAGCUGGACCACCUGGUCCACAGGGACCUCCAGGACCACAGGGUGCAAGAGGAUUUCGAGGACCACCUGGUGAACCAGGUAGUUUACAAGGAGAUGCCAAAAUGAUUAUAUCGGACUCAUUAUCAAACCACCAGGUUUUACUCAACCGAAUUAAACGUUACCGACGUGAUGUUGUACACAAUGCAACUACUUAUGUUCACUCCACAUCUGCUUACAAAAGUGAGAAACACUAUAACAAUAAUGGCAUCCAUGAGGUCAUUGUGCUAGCUGAAUUCCUUAUGCCUGAAAACAUCAAAUUUACAGAUCGUUUGGUUACACUUGAGAAUGUAUUCAGCGACUGCAAAUUAGCCAAUUAUGAGACUGCAUUAACUUUUCAACAAAGUACUGGACAAGAUAGAGCGAAUUGUAAUGAUCAUUCAGAUGUUAUUGAUCUACUGUCACCAGUUGAUGGUGUGCUUAUUGAUUGGGAGCAUAUGGAUGGAAUAACAGUGAGUGAAUUUUGGAAGUUAUUCGAAACUGUGUUAUUAAAUGAUACGCUUAACGAUGAUCUGUUAGUGAAUAGUCUAAAGAAUAUUGAGACUACUCCAUAUGGUGAUUCAUGGAAAUCAUUAUAUUAUGAAGGUGACGGUAAAAAAUCAUCUACUCGAUCAUAUCCAGCCGGCAGAGAGGUGAAACAUGAUAGAUACUUUCAGAAGCAAACAUAUUCACUCGAUGGUGCAUCAAGGAAACGGAUAUUGUUUAAACAGUUCAAUUCAGCGGAAAUAAAUUCGUUUAACUGGACCAAUUUUAUUAUCGCAUUGAACUUCUGUUACUUAAUGAUUACGAACUUUUAUAUAUGAGUUGAUAUAUUCUUUAACCAGAAAUGUCAACUGUUCUGUAGUUUAAAAAGAAAAUAUUAUUAACCCGAGAUUUACUUUAUUUUCUAAGCCUUUAUAAUUUUGAACCACAAGGCUACAAGUGUUGAUGUAAGUGUACUAACAUCUUGUAACGACAUAAGCCAACAAACUAUUUUACACUUUAUAAAUGAUUCUCACUGUAAUUAAUCCUUAAUUCGAACAUGUUACAUUACUUUAUUCUACUUUGAGAAAAACUUUAUUCUUUGAAGACAUCACACAUGAUUUCCAUUUUUAUUACCAUCUAAAUAUAUAUGUUCAUAAUAUUUUUCAUGUCUUGUAAACAAGCGUUCACUUAUUUCAUAGUGAAUAUGCAUAUGUCAUAAAUAACUGAUAAAAUAAAUCAUUCUAU